AUGUUCCGUUCAGCGGCUACUCAGCUCGUGAAGGUGGCUCGUGGCUCCAUGGGGCUCACUGUGCCCCGUCUUGGUGCAGUUGCGGCUGUGCGUCAGAGCCAUGGAGGCCCCGUGGAGACCGAUGAGGAAUUUGAUGCUCGCUACGAGGCCUACUUCAGUCGUCCCGACAUCGAUGGUUGGCAACUCCGGAAGGGGAUGAACGACAUCUUGGGCAUGGAUUUAGUGCCAGAGCCCAAGAUCAUUAUUGCGGGACUUAAGGCCUGCAGACGCGUGAAUGACUUUGCACUUGCCAUUAGGUGGCUUGAGGGUGUGAUUGACAAGUGCGGCCCCAAGAAACCAGAAAUCUACCCCUACCUCCUCUCCGAGAUCCGACCAACCCUCGAUGAAUUGGGCAUCAAUACCCCUGAGGAGCUAGGGUACAAUACCCCCGAGCUGGCCCUCAAGUCCGUAUGGGAGGAUUAGGUAGAUGUUAUGUAACCAGGAGAGCAACAUUGAGGUUAUGUGUAGAGAGUUUUCCAGCCAGCAGUUUGUGAAAUGUAUUUAAACUGGGUAUAAUGCACCAAAAAUAAAUGGUCAAAAUUAGAAAAAUUCAUGUACAAGA